UAGUGUAACGUUCCGCCCUGGAUUGGGCGAGAUGGUCGAGCCGAGGCUCUUCCAAGAACGAAGGCCGAGGGUCUGUAAUACCGACACAGGUCGAGGGUAUUCUUUCUUUUAGUUCGAAGCAAAUUUCACUCGGAUAUCAGUGGUAUGCAACUUCUCAACGUUUGUUUCGUCUAUUGAGUGACCGCACCGUCGAAAUGCAGCCAUCAAGUUCCAACACGGGCUUCUUCCAGCAGCUGCCCGUGAUCCGAAACCAGUUCGAGGACGAUGUGAGCCUCCAGCGUAUCACCAAGCUGUUUCUUCCCCCCUCGGUCCUCGACCAGACCGCUCCAGAGAUAUCCCAGCUUGCCGACGACGUCCUGUCAAAGCAGGUCUUUGACUGGAUCAGUGACGCCGAGCACAACCAGCCGUAUCUGCGUGGCAGCGGCCGGGACGCCUUCGGGAAGCCCACCAACGAGCUGGUAGUGACAGAGGGUUGGCGGAAGCUGCAGGAGUUCGGCUUCAAGAAGGGCGUCAUCGCAGUCAACUACGACUCCGACUACGGCCCAUACAACCGACUGGUGCAGUUCAUCCGCUGCCACCUCUGGGAAGGCUCGUGUGCCAACACGCUCUGCCCGGCUGCCAUGCAGGACGGGGCCGCCCGGCUCCUCCAGCGCCAUCUCUCCAGAAAGACGGGCCUCUCCCCGACGGAGCGCCAGGUCUUCCAGAAUGCUUACGACCAUCUCAUCUCCCGGGACCCGGCCAAGGCAUGGACCAGCGGCCAGUGGAUGACGGAGCGCACCGGCGGCAGCGAUGUCUCGCAGACCGAGACCGUCGCCACCUACGACCCCUAUCCGGACUCGUCACCCGCUCCCCUCGCCGACGCUGACGAGAAGACGCCCCUCGGCCCCUGGUCCGUCUCGGGCUUCAAGUGGUUCUCGUCAGCGACCGACUCGCAAAUGACCAUCCUCCUCGCAAAGACGGACCCGUCCAAGGGCGUGAGCGUCUUCCUGGCCCCGAUGCGCCGCCACAACCCCACCCUCGUCUCCCCGACCGGGGUCUCGGGCGGCAGCGAGCUGAACGGCAUCACGAUCCAGCGCCUCAAGCACAAGUUCGGCACCCAGUCCCUCCCGACCGCCGAGCUCGAGCUCAAGAACAUGCGUGCCUGGCUCAUCGGCGAGGAGGGCAAGGGCAUCUACGAGAUCAGCACCAUCCUGACCAUCACCCGCGUGCACACCACCGUCUCUUCGGUCGGUUACCUCGGCCGCGCUCUCGCCAUCGCAAAGGGCUUUGCCGCCGUCCGCGAGGUCGGCGUCGGGCGCGGCCGCCGCGUGCCGCUCUCCACCCACCCCUUGCACAUGCGCACCCUCGCCAACAUGACGGUCGACUACCACGGCCUGAUGCUGCUCACCUAUUACACCGUCUUCCUCCUCGGCCUGUCCGAGAAGCCGGCUCCCACAGCCACCACCGGCACCACCAAGCACGAGCCGGCCCCGCACCCGCUGACGCCCCCGGCCCGCCUGGUCGGGCCCCUCCUCCGCGCCCUCUCCUCCCUCCACAAGUCCUACGUCGCGCACACCGCCGUGCCGCUCAUCUACACCGCCAUGCAAUCCCUCGGCGGCGUCGGCUACCUCGUGAACGAAGAGUCCGAGCACAUCAACAUCGCCCGCCUCUUCCGGGACGCCUGCGUCUCCGCCAUCUGGGAGGGCACGACCGACGUGCUGGCGGGCGACACGGUCCGCGCGGCGAAGCACCCCCGCGACGGGCGAGACGUGCUCGAGGGCCUGGCGUGGGUGGUCGAGACCGGGCUGGAGUCCGUCCGCCGCCGCCGCGGCGGCGACGGCAACGGCAACGGCAACAGCGGCAGCAGCAGAGGACGGGCGGUGGCGGGCGUCAAGAGGGCCUGGGACGAGGUGAUGAAGGGGCGGAUCGAGCGCGAGUCCCAGGCGGCGCUGCUGCCCGACGCGAGGGCGGUGGUGUUCCGGGUCGCCGAGGUGCUGGUCGCGGUGCUGUACUUGGUCGACGCGGCGGCGCGCCCCGGGCCCGAGAUCGAGGCGAUGUGCGGGCGGUACCUGGCCGACAAGGGGUUCGUGCAGGACGGGGAGCGGGCGGGCGGGAAGGACCUGGCGUUGGACCAGGCGAUUGUGUACGGCGCUGGGAAGGUACCCAGCAAUGGAGCCGCGGGUGUGAAACUGUGAUAGGUUUCCCCGGACGGUCUAAUCAACGAGAAAGAGGUGACUUGUUUUUUUGUUCAUCCCGUUGCCGGCUAGAAAUUGAUGCCGCGACAGCUUAUUAAGUAGCUUAUAAUUCUAUAUAGUUCUCAGAUCCAAGACGAAUCAAGCGGCCAUUGCAGAUUCUAACACGCUCUAUCUCCCGAAACGCUUGCUUCUUCUUCUUCUUCUUCUUCUUCUUCUUCUUCUUCU